UUCUGAGAGAGAUCUUCCCUGUUUCAUCUGUUUUAGAGGGGAAACAGUUGGACCUUGUUUGAGGGGGUGGAGACAGAAGCCCCUGCCACCACAUCCUGGACCCAAGCCUCAGCCCUGGUCCCUCCUCCUUUCCUCUGGACAGCUGAAAUCAUUCAACUGAGGACAGCACGUUGGCUACACCAUGACCUCCACACUCUUCUUUUUACUCUGUCUUGGGCUGUGUCUGAGCCAGAGGAUCAGAGCACAGGAGGGCCCUCUCCCCAAACCUAACCUCUCAAUUCAGAAAGAUUUUAUCCGGGUCUCAAGGGGCAAUGUGACCUUCAGAUGCAACAUAUCAGAUGAUGAUUUGCCACCCCAGAAAUGGACAUAUCUUCUAUUCAAGGAUGGAAAUUCCAAGCCCUUAUAUGAAAAGACUACAGAAGCAAGCUGGGUUGAGUUCAGCUUACUGUUUGACCCAACCCAAGAUUUUGGGAACUACAGCUGCAAGUAUUUUGCCUCUCAGAACCCACAAAUGGAGUCGGAAGCCAGUGCGGUCCUGGAGAUUUCUGAGAAAGAGCAUCUUCCAGCUUCAGCCCAGCCAGUUCUUGAGUGUGGUAGAGAACACCUCCCCUGCUCUAAAUUUGAUGAACUGGAUGAAUAUGUCACAAUAAGUGUCAAAAACCACUCUCAUCAUCAUCUGCUGAAUCAUUAUUCUCUUCCUCUUUUUAUUGGCCUUCUUCUGUCAUCAACACUCCUAUACUGAAUUCAGCGACUGAGGACCAACAAGGAGUGACAUACAGCCAGCUGAAUAUAGAGAUCCUGAGUAAGGGGAAGUCAGUCCCCUCUAUGACACCUCAAGAGACUGUAACAUAUAGAUAACACUGUAGCUUGGCAGUAAGGGGCAACCAGAGACAUAUGAGUCAUUUGGAAAAUAAACAUGAAAUUCAAACAGAGGACUGGGGAUUCAAAGUGUAAUAUGGGCAUAUGAUUCCAGAGUGAGUGGCACACAAGCUUGAAUCAUGUGAAGCACUUGAGGGAGAAGGCACCUGGCUCGUGGUAUACCAUGGGCAAAUACAUAAUGUUCAAUAACUCCUAACCUUGAUUUAGCAACUAUAUCAAACAAAAAACCUUUUAAAAGCAUUUAGUCUUAGAGUUAUAAAACCACAAUAUAUCUUUCAACAUCUAGUGGCAAAUUUUGAUAGAUGCCUAAGAUAGGACAUCAUUUGCUGCAAACACUUUUUUUUGUUCUUCUCUUUCUAUGGGUAUAUCAAAUUAUGGAAUUGUUUUGUUUUCAAAAAUAAUUGAAAAGGAGGAAAAUUGCAAGAAAUGUCUGGAAUAUAGGUCAACAUGCUCAUAUUUUUCUUAAUAUUGAAUCAAUCCUGCAUUCCUGGUAUAAAUCCUGUCUGGUCAUAGUGUACAAUCUUUGGGAUAUAUUACUAUAAUCUCCUAGAUAGCAUUUCAUUUUAAAUUUUUGCAUCAAUAUUCAUUAGAGAAAUUUAUCUAUAAUUUUCUUUCUCUGCUUUUGCUCUUCCUGUUUAUGUAUUAGCACCAUAUCUGUCUUGCAAAAGAAAUUUGAUAGAACUCUCUCUUUGCCUGCUUUUCCAAAUAGUUGAUAUGAUAUUAGAAUUAAUUGUUCUUGCUUGAUAGAAUUCACUUCAUCUAUCUGGCUCUGAGAAUUUUUUUCUUAGGGAGUUAAUUAAUGGUUUGUUCAAUUUAUUUUUCUAAGAUGGGAUCUUUUAGGUAUUCUAUUUCCUUUUCUGUUCAUUUAUGCAAUUACGUGUUUGUAAAUAUUCAACCAUUUCAAUUCAUUUAGAUUGUCAGAUUUAUUGGUAUAUUAAAUAAAAUUCUUGACCUAACAAACAAAAUAGCACCUAAGAAUUGCUUUCAUUGAUGGUAA